UGUGUCUUAUAUAUUCCUAUUCUUGCAGGAAUAGGACAGGACAGGUGGAAUUGGGUCUUAGUAGGGUUAAUUCUCCCUCCUUCAUCUUUGGUUGCUCUGUGUGUGCAGAACUGAACAACCAGCGUUGGUCCCUGCCCUUCCACUUUUUCAUGCUUCAACAAAGGACAGAACCAUGAUAAACAAAACAAAUAUCAGUGUAUUGUGUCAGUCAGACAAAGUCAAACUUUUUCAAAUGUUCCAACUUCCCUAUCCAUUCUAGUCUAGUGUUUUGUAUGCUUUUCUUUCUUCUUAAAACCAUAUUAUAUUUUGUGGACUGUGCUAAUUACUUUUGCUGGCCAUGGGAAGAGCUCCUUGUUGUGACAAAGCUAACGUGAAAAGAGGGCGUUGGUCUCCUGAAGAAGACGAAACUCUCAAAAACUAUCUCAAGAAACAUGCCACGCCUGGUAACUGGAUAACUCUCCCACAAAAAGCAGGCCUUAAGCGCUGUGGAAAGAGUUGUCGUCUGAGAUGGCUGAACUAUCUCAGGCCUCAUAUCAAGCAUGGAGGCUUCACACAUGAGGAAGACCAAUUUAUCUGCUCCCUUUACGCCACCAUCGGAACCAGGCAAGUUCCUUCUAUAUCCUUAACUAGCAAGCCAAAAUUAUAAUUAAGUAAAGAGAAAUUAUGUAUAUAUAUGGUACUCUCUCAAAAUCAUGUAACCAUUGGCAUACUAAUACCCUCACUUAAUAUUUUGGUGUGAUAUAUGAGAUUUACAAGUAAAAUUAAUAUUUUAGAUAGAAUGCUUUUUGUUUUGCUUGUUCAUUCCUUAUAUCAACAAGUGAAAAUGCUAGCUGUGGUUUUUGGGGUUAGGUGGUCCCUUAUAGCUGCUCAGCUGCCUGGGAGAACAGACAAUGAUGUGAAAAACCAUUGGAACACUAAGUUAAAGAAAAUGUUUUUGGCAGCAAACACCAAUGCCACUGGCAAUACUGUUUUCUCAACUCCCACUUCUCAGCCUCAAGUUGAAGACUGCAGUGUCUUUGAUGAUCAUGAGAACUCAGCUGAGUAUCAUGUCUUGGGUUUGGAGCAAACACCAUUGCCUUUAGGAUCAGAUGUUUCAGGUCUUGGAAGCAGUUGUAGUGUACCACUAUCCAAUGAAGCAGUUUCAGCUUCCUUGGUAAAAGAGGAGAAUGAGAAUGGGACCCAAUGGUUUGGUGAAGAUGAAUCAUUUUUGCUUGAUUUUGUGUAUGAGGAUAACGGGUUUGUUUCUCUAGAAAAUAGCAGCGAAGUUGCCCCAUCAUUUGGCUCUCUCUAUGCUCCAAACACAACAGAAAAGAGAAAGAGAGACAAUUAAGUCAAAGUGGCAUGGAUUGAUUUCAUUAUUAUUGACUAUAUAUAGUAUUAUUACUAGUAAUUAAAUACCCUUUAAAUGUGGACUGUGAUUUGAAUUUGAUUAAAUUAGUUAAGUGAGCUUUUGCAGAUGAAUUUCAAACAUGAUCGAUGAUAGGAAGGAUCACUGAAGUUACAUUUUAGUCAAGAAUUCUAUCUAUUGCCUUUUUACUUUUUAGAGGAAUUAAAAUCUCUUUUAUGUCACGAUGUAGAGACCUUAAACUAACAUUCAAAGGUUCAUGAAUGUGACAAUCUCAGUGGUCAGUGGUCACGAAAGUUGCGUUGGCUCUUGAACAAUUUCUAAGCGGAGAAGAAAACAAAUGAAGGGGUCCCCAUCUGACAAUAACAACUACAUACAUGAAUCGUGAUAGUGUGUGUGUGUGUCUUUUUCGCCAUUAUGACAUAUAAUAUAAUAUGGUGAAAAAGAAGCCUGCAUGAUUUCUUUCACAUAAGCUUACGUUUAGUCGUUUACUGCAAAAGUUACUUUUUUGUUUUUGUUGUUUUUCACUUGAAUCGGUCUCGUGCCUAUG